CAGGCGAGGCUCUGCGCGCGUGUGUCUGGGAGGAGGAGAGGCUUGGGUGACAGACAAGCGGCUGGAAGAGUUCAGCCCGAGUCGCAGUCUCAUUCACUGAUUUCUCGGCGGCUGGACCGAGGCUGCCUGCCUCCCAAGGCAGCUUUCAACUAUACCCACACCUCCACAGUCCCCACGUCCCGCCACUCCACUCGCAACCCGGCUGACUACAGACUCGCCAGUUGGCAGCUUCACGCCCGAGGGUAUCUCCAAGCCAGGUGGCGAGCACCAGGCACCCCAGGGACAGCUGGGCGGGAUGCGGUGCGGACAGCAGCGCUAAGCGCCCCCACGCUGGGCGCGGGGCGCACUAGCUCCUGGCCGCGGGCCAAACGGCGGCGGCGGCGGCAUUAGCAGCGGCGGUGGCGGAGGGGAUGCGCCCAGGACGCGCCAAGCGCCUGCUACAGCCCCAAGGUGGACGCCAAGUAGGGCUCAUCGCGGGACCGCGAGGACCCCUGCCCCCAGAGGCAUGCGGCUGCGGAGCCUCGGGGCAGCGUGUGCGGUCAGGAUGCCCUGGGCGCCUCGCUGCGGGUGAGGAUGCCCUGCUGCUCGGCUCUGCACCCCCAGCCUCGGUCUCAGGUGGGCACGACUGAGAGGGCCCGGCUUCGGCCCCUCCUGCCGGUGGAUGAAAAGCGGCGGAGUCCUUGUGUGGGAUCAACGAUCGGAUUUGAAUUCUAAGAGCCAUGGACGCAGGGUCUGGGCUGCAGCCCCGGCCGGGAGAGCAGCUGGAGGUGCGGGUCACGAUAGGAGCUGUCCAAGAGAAGUGCGAACCCGAGACCUUUAGGUCUAAGAGUUUACCAGUCUUGAACUGCGCCUCCUGCCGGCCGAGCUGCAGUCCUGCGAGUGUAGACGCCAAGCCGGUCUCUGUCUGUACGGAUUCACUGGGCCACCAGGAGUUGAAGCAAGGCCCGCACCCGUUGGCCCCCAGCCCCUCCGCCCCGUCUACUUCGGCGGGGGCGGCGGGGCUCAUGGAAUGUAACCACAGGAUAGACGUCGGCAAACCUGUCUCGGGGUCCUCCACUCUGCCUCCGCUCCAGGAGAGAAGGUGUCUCUACGUGGUCCUCACAGAUUCCCGCUGCUUCCUGGUCUGCAUGUGCUUUCUGACCUUCAUCCAGGCAUUAAUGGUCUCUGGGUACCUGAGCAGUGUCAUCACCACCAUUGAAAGGCGCUACAGUCUGAAAAGUUCCGAGUCAGGGCUGCUGGUCAGCUGCUUUGACAUCGGGAACCUGGUGGUGGUGGUGUUUGUCAGCUACUUUGGUGGCCGCGGUCGGAGGCCCCUGUGGCUGGCUGUGGGUGGGCUUCUCAUCGCCGUCGGGGCUGCGCUUUUCGCCCUACCUCACUUCAUCUCGCCUCCCUACCAGAUCCAAGAGCUGAACGCCUCCGCCUCCAAUGACGGCCUGUGUCAGAAUGGCAACUCCACCACGGUUCUGGAGCCUCCGCCCUGUUUGAAGGACUCAGGAGGAAAUAGCCACUGGGUCUAUGUAGCUUUAUUCAUUUGUGCACAGAUUCUCAUUGGAAUGGGCUCCACACCGAUUUAUACCCUGGGACCAACCUACUUAGAUGACAAUGUCAAGAAAGAAAAUGCCUCCUUGUACCUAGCCAUCAUGUAUGUCAUGGGAGCACUUGGCCCUGCAGUGGGAUACUUGUUAGGUGGACUUCUUAUUGGUUUUUAUGUUGAUCCCAGAAAUCCCGUUCACCUUGACCAGAAUGAUCCGCGUUUCAUCGGAAACUGGUGGAGCGGAUUCCUCCUUUGUGCCAUUGCAAUGUUUCUUGUGAUAUUCCCAAUGUUUACUUUUCCAAAAAAGCUUCCACCUCGACACAAGAAAAAGAAAAAGAAAAAGUUUUCUAAUGAUGCUGCCAGCGAUGAUGAUGUUAUGAAAGAGAAAUCAAACAACAGUGACCACGUGGACAAGAAAGUUUCUUCUAUGGGAUUUGGGAAGAAUGUCCGAGACCUACCAAGAGCAGCUGUCAGGAUCUUAAGCAACAUGACAUUCCUUUUUGUGAGUUUGUCAUACACAGCUGAGAGUGCCAUUGUAACUGCUUUCAUUACCUUCAUUCCCAAGUUCAUCGAGUCACAGUUUGGUAUCCCAGCUUCCAAUGCCAGCAUCUACACUGGCGUCAUCAUUGUCCCCAGUGCUGGUGUCGGCAUUGUGCUAGGAGGCUACAUUAUAAAAAAACUGAAACUCGGUGCCCGAGAAUCUGCAAAACUGGCCAUGAUCUGCAGUGGUGUGUCCUUACUGUGCUUCUCAACCCUGUUUAUUGUUGGAUGUGAAAGUAUUAAUCUAGGCGGCAUAAACAUCCCGUAUACAACAGGACCUUCUCUCACCAUGCCCCAUAGGAAUCUGACAGGAAGCUGCAAUGUGAACUGUGGCUGUAAGAUACAUGAGUAUGAGCCAGUCUGUGGAUCAGAUGGAAUCACAUACUUUAAUCCAUGUCUGGCUGGCUGUGUCAAUAGUGGUAACCUUAGCACUGGAAUACGGAAUUACACAGAAUGCACCUGUGUCCAAAGCCGACAAGUGAUCACUCCACCCACAGUGGGACAGCGUGGUCAGCUCCGCGUGGUCAUUGUUAAAACUUAUCUCAAUGAGAAUGGCUAUGCUCUGUCUGGGAAGUGUAAACGCGCCUGCAAUACCCUUAUCCCCUUCUUAGUUUUUCUUUUCAUAGUCACCUUCAUCACAGCAUGCGCCCAGCCAUCAGCCAUCAUAGUAACACUCAGAUCAGUGGAAGAUGAGGAGAGACCUUUCGCAUUGGGGAUGCAGUUUGUUUUGUUGAGAACACUUGCAUACAUUCCGACCCCAAUUUACUUUGGAGCAGUUAUCGACACCACCUGUAUGCUCUGGCAGCAGGAGUGCGGAGUGCAGGGCUCUUGCUGGGAGUACAACGUGACGUCCUUUCGCUUCGUCUACUUUGGUUUGGCGGCUGGCCUCAAAUUCGUCGGCUUCAUCUUUAUCUUUCUGGCCUGGUACUCCAUCAAAUACAAGGAGGAGGGCCGUCAGAGGCAGAGGUGGAGAGAGCGCCCCCUAAGCACCGUGAGUGAGCUCGUGGGCCAGCCCCACGGUGCUGAGAAGUACGCCCGGACUAGAUCGUGUCCCGCUUUCAGCACCCAGGGAGAACUCCACGAAGAGGCAGCUCUGCAGAAGGGCAUCCACUGCACGGCACAGACCUAUCCGGGGCCCUUCCCAGAAGCAGUCAGUUCCUGUGCAGACCCGGGGCUGGAAGGCAGUCCCGCUGCCCUAUAGCUCCCUCCUGAAGCUUGAAAAUGAAGACUUUGGUUUUGUUGGUUGAGUUCAAUAUGGCGACUUGAGAAACACCCGUGCCUUCUUUUCUUUCCUUUUUUAACCUCUACAGACACAAUCCUCAAACCAACAAAACUCAGCAUACUCAGCCACUAUCGGAGGAGGGCUGCAUACCUCAACAAGACUGCGAGCCUCGCCCCUCUCUUCUCCAAGAGGAGAGUUUAGCUAAAUUUGUUCGCAUUUCUGCUCUGUCAACCCAAUGCUCAUGCUCCAGUAUGGUAUGACGUCGAGGUACAUGGUUAACCAAAUCUGGGAAAGGUAAUGGUGGUGCAUCUCCUUAGUAUACACUCCAAACAAUGGUGAGCUUGACCAUGACUCUUACACAUCAAGGUUUUUAGAUACGAACACCUACUGUGAGUUCUGCUACAAAGCACAAAUGCAUUUGACUCAACUAUGCAAUUUGAUGGGAAAAAUGAAAGUGCAGCAGGCUACUUUGGCUUCCUGAGAAUAGAGCAGGUAUAUCUUUGAAUGGAAGAAGGGAAGCAUUCCCUAAAGUACUGUUAGUAGCCUUUUAAGCCAUAGCGGAGUUUUCAAUCAGGUAGAACUUUUUAAAUGCUGCAAAGGAACCAUGUGCAUAGCCUCGUAGAAGGAGCAGCUACAUCAUUUCCCAAGACACAUUCUCUUUUAGUCUGUCUGCCCUAUUGUAGGUAGUUAAAGAGGCUGCUGAUCAUGAAUCUGAUAGUUUGAAUAAAAACUCCAGUAUUCUUUCAUAAGGGACUCUAAAACCUGUGUGCUAAACAAGAUGGCCCACAAUUGUAAUUUAAGAUGCAUAAUACAAAGAGAAACAGAUGGCUUUCUCAUCUAAGGAAAUUGCUGCAAAAAUGUCUUGAAUUCUUUAGGAUAGUUAGGAAUUAUAAGCUACACAGUCAAAGUAGUCAGAGAACAGACUCCAGAGAUGUAAGACCAGGAUCUUGAAAGCACUGGCAAAUCCAUGUUGUUUUCUUUUUUCAUACAGAAAAUUGCUGUGUUGCUUCUGACAAUGAGUCAUUAGAGCAGGAAAGCUGACCCUGGGAUAUGAAAAUCACUUUGAAUGCAGGAAGAGGCAGAUCUGUAAGCUGGACCCAGCAUAUGAUUCUAAGUGAUGGUGGAGAAUUCUUGACGAUAAACUGUUCUGUCACACUCGAUAAGAGUUGGAAUCAUGGUGCACCCUUCUUUGAUCCCCUCCUAUUGUCACCUUCCUGCUGUGAGUCUCAGCGGAUUUUUCGGCUCCUACAUGCCCUUUGGAUUCAUUAUCCGUCAUUCUCAUCAGUACCUCCCCGCAUGUCACUUUGAUUUAGGCACCACAUGUAACACUUUCUACAUGGUGCUUAGGGUAGUGACUGCCAGCAGGUGAAUUUAUGAGAUCUGGCUGUUGGGGACUGUAAGAUCCAAAUACCAAUAGAAUUAUGAGAGAUUUCUGCCAAGGCACCUGUGAUCGUGUAGGGCUAAUUUGGACCAUGUUUCUUUCCUCACCUGGUUUACACUCUUUCAUGGAAGAGAUGUGAUUGCGGGAUGGCCCCACGAUUCCUGCCCUUGACUUCCAUCUUUGCUGGGCUGUAUAGCUGGAAUCGUGUGACUAUUCCUAGGUCAAGGGUCAUUUUCCUCUCUACCUAGAAAUGGUCAAGUGGUUCUUUUGGUACAUGCAAUUUGUGGUGGUGGUUUUUCUCUAUUGGACUGAAUCAUGUCUGCAAGGGGUGGAGUUUGUGGUUUCAAGUGACAAGGACUUCCCUUUGGGUCUUAGGUUUUUGGCUCUUAAAGUGGCGUACAUUCUUGCUUGGCUAAGAUUGUAAGUGUACUGGUAUCUGUCAAACUUCAGCCAAGGUGGCACACACUGAAGGUGUUCAGAAGACACUGCUGAUCGACCUGAUGUCUACUGUGAGACCUCAGGGCUGCUCUUUGCCCUCUACGGGAGAUCUUGAUCCUUCAGAAGUUUUCCUUUAUUGUUGGAACUAAAGAUGUGUAGGUAGGGAACGGGUGAUGCUUUCUUAAUUUUCCUGUGAUCAUUAAGGUAGUGCAAUAACAGGAUAUUGGUGGGAUUGACACUUUAUUUGGUAGCUAAGAUUGCUGAAUUCACCAGCGGGCAAUUAGAGAGCCUUCUUCUAGCCCCUUCUCUACCUUGAACAGUCAUCCAGAUGUGCAGCCAUUGACCAUGCACCAAUUAACUGUCAAGUACCAUUUUGCCUGACUGUCAUCUAUUACUUCAUGAAGUCCUUCUUGCUGAUCAGGCCAGAAUCCAAAGAAAAUGGCCUGAAAUGUGCAUCACAGUGUUAAUAUUGUACUUCCUAAAGUAUCCAAUAAUUAUAAAUAGCAGGUGUGUCAUUAAUGUGUUGUCAAUGAACGUCAGUUAAGCAGUAAAAAUCAUGAGGGAAUGAAGUUUUGGAAUAUGUACCAAUUGAUAGUUGUUUCCAAAAUGCUUUGGCAUCUGGUGGGAGCACUGAAGUAGUGCAUGGCCAAUUACAGUGACUGUUUUGUAGAUGAUUUCAUUGAAUUGUGUAUACAAAGCCAAUCUAUGGUUGUUAAUAAAUUGAUCAUGUUACUUUCUGGUCACAGCCACUAUUAGCUUUCAUUGCCACUUUCCAUGAGUGUAGCUUUGGAUUACUUGUUUGGCAGAAGGUCAUCUUAUUCCUUUAUAUACUCUAUGUCACAGUAUUAUUUGGCUUUAAUAUGCAAAUAUAAUAUCCUUGAGUCCAGCCUACUAAUUUAGCAGCUCCCAGAGGGUGAAUUAAGUGGUUGAAGCACAUCCUCUUGGUUAUCUUCAUCAUCAUGGACUCCUUCUUCUUUGCUGGUGGAUUUAGUUCUUAAAUACAGUGAAAAAUGUUGGUGGAAGGCGAGAAGGGGAGUAGAGAAGAAAAAGUGAACUUUUUUUGUGUUUUGAUUGUAGAGCAUUUUGUCAAGUAUUUAAUACACAUCAUUUUAAUCCCUUUAAUAACCUUGCAAAGAUUUCAUUCUGUUUUUUCAAUACAUAAAAAACUGAAGCCAAGAGUGGCAAAAUACCUUGUGUAUCAUUAUAAAGAAUGAUAAAAUCAGGGUGAAGAUUUCUCUGCGUUAUUCACUUAUUACACUACCCAAUGCAUACAGUAGUUUUUGGUUAAUGAAAGCAAGAUGUGAUAAUAAAAUAGUGAAGUUGAAAUGUUUCAUUUUUUGGAUGUGUUGCUGUUUCUAAAGAGUGCAGAAGUUAAAAUUUCUUUGUGUAAAUAGAAAAAAAACCUGUAGGAAACAUCAACAUUUAAUGUUUAACUAGAUUUUCAAAGUAAAUUUACAUGUAUUUAGCCAAGUGUUACAUUCAAAUUGUUUUUCAUAACAUACCUCAAAUAUUUAUUUAUAGUUCAUGUUUAACAUAGAACAAAUUCAAUUGUGACAUUGAGUCAACAGUAGAGUUUCUAGAAAGAAACAUUAUGAGGGAAGGUAGUAUUGAUUUGUUGAAUCUGAGCUUUGGGGGUUUCAGGUGUAUGUUUUUUUCUCUCUCAGAAUAUUAGCAUAUUCAUUGGUAUUUUUGUGAUAUGAAUUUUAAGAUUCCUAAUAAAUAUUUCAAAUGAAUGUAUACAAAAUUCAUAGCUAACCAUCGAUGCAGUUGUUACCUUUAGAAGCUGUGACAACAGACUGCAGCAUGCACUUGCAAGUGUUCCAAGAAGGGAGUGACCUGGUGGAGGGCCCCGUGGAGGGAAGGGCUGUCCUACAUCUUCACCAACCACCAAGGAUAUGCUUCUUUAGUUUGCAUUUCUGGAGUGCAUGUAUUGGUGGACUGGGAUCCAGAAAAUUUCUUUUUGCAGCCUGUUUUGUAGCAACCUUUUGUGCACCAAAGAGAACCUUCAUGGUUUGAAGGGACCUGAAGCAUUUGUGGGAAUUCUCUAGUGUGCCUGGGGGCAGGAGACAAGCGCCAUUCUAGGCUGGUACCAGUUACACUUUGUGAUUGUGUAUGUGCUUAGGACAUCCAGAUGACACACACCAUGAAUACAACUAUGUACACAUAGGUGCAUACUGAGUGUUCUGAGUAGCAGUGGAUACCAAAAUACUAUAGAACUCAGAAUCGCCUAGACUGCAGGUUUGGUAAUUCUCUGUUAUACCAACUUGUAGGUAGCUUGACACGUUUGUGUUUCCCCGUCUAUAGUAAGGAAGCCUGUGGCUGGCAGGUGAGGUUAGUUGCCUUGUGCACUUUAUCUUCUCUCUUUUUUUCUCUCUUCUUCAUCUUCUGGGAUGCUGCUGGCUGUAUCUGUCCCAGACUACUUGUUGCAUUGGAAUUUUCAACACUUCAUUUUUACUCACCCCUAGGAAGGGUCAAAUAUGAUAAAAACUCUCCUUAGCUGUUUGCUUUAGCAAUACUAAAAAAAUGCCUUGGUGCUAAAAAUAUCUAACAAUGCAUGUUCUCCACUGACUUCACAGUAAUUCACUGAUAGGGGCUGCAUGUGCUUUCCAUUUGGAAAUCUGGAAAAUUUCCCAGAAAACAAGCACCCACUACUUGCAUUUCAACAGUUAAUUCAUGCACUCCACACUACAGAAAGGAAGCGUGUAAGGGGGAUACUCUUCUAUGGAAAACUCAGUGUUUUUGAUAUUUAUUUUAGCAAGAAUAAUUAGAUGCUAAAAAUAAUUUCAGAGAGAGGUGAAAAUAUUUCAGAUAAUCUUUUCUUAUUUCUUCUCCAAAAAGCUUAUACCCAUGUAAGAUAUUGUUAUCACUGGGUUUUUGGAAGUGUUGUCUUUUUCUGGUAUUCUACUCUUACAAGUUAAAAUUGAAGAACAUAUUCUCAAAAAGUAAAGUAACUGCAGGGACAUAUUAAACCAAAGGGGUGAGCUAAAGUUAUUUAAAGUUUGUAUCUAGAAGUAAAAAGCAAGAAUCAUUGAUAUACGACUUGAUUGUGGGCAUUUUUCUCAAAAUACAUACCUCUAUCCCAUACCCCAAAUGUUAGUUUAGAAGCACGAAUCAGGAGGGUCAACCUCUAACUUUUUAAUUUAAGGAAAUAUAGUAUAAUAACUGUGUCAAAUAAGCUGGCUCUAGGAUCUUAAUGAAGUGUGUGUUCUGUGUGUGUGUGUGUGUGUGUGUGUGUGUAGAGGUAUGCUUGCAAUGAAAGGCUGUUUCCAGUUGUUACAUAAAAGGAUUUGAUUUUUUGAUUUUUAACAUGAGUAUUUAUUUGGAAACCUCUUAGGGUAAUUUAAAAAUGUGUAAUUUCCUUGUGUUUAAUGAAAUCUAUUGUCAGUGUACUAAUAAACUUUGGUUUACAACAUCUUGAAUACUUGAUCAUUGAAAAUUGAGGACAAAAAUUAAAAAAAGAAUAAACUGUGUUGGAUCAGAA